AUGCGGUCCUCGGCAUCCAUCGCGGCGGUGGCCCUCGCCCUGCUGCAGGGUACCAACGCCAUGAACGCGGCCAUUCAACGCAAGCUUAAUUUGCUUGCCGAUAUGGGCAUGAAUCCAGAUGGCUCAGCAAUGGCCACUUUCUCAGACGACGCCGAAAACAGUGCUAUCGAUACCUCGGCUUUCAAGUCCCUCAAGAUCGCGACUACGGCAGACAGCCCGGCUGUGUUUGCCGCCGUAAAAGCCGCAAACAUCACUCCGGAAUACGUCGAGCUGCCAAUCGACCACUUCGCCUACAAGAAAAAUCAGGAUUCUUCGUACCAAGGCACCUACUUCAACAGAUACUGGGUCAGCACGAGUGGCUACAAGCCCGGCGGUCCCGUCUUCCUCUAUGACACAGGCGAGGCAGAUGCAGAGCCGGGUGCGUUGACUAGGCUGCAAAACGAAACCAGCUUUUUCAAGCAGCUCGUCGAUGAGUAUGGCGGUAUCGGUAUCGUGUGGGAGCACCGCUUCUACGGAAACUCAACCCCCACGCCCAUCGACCUCAACACGCCAGCCGAGGCAUUCGAAUUCUUAAACACGGAGCAGUCACUUGCAGAUGUUGACAGCUUUGCUAAGCAGUUCAGCAGGAAGGGUAUCAAUGCUACGCUCACCCCCGACAAGACUCCUUGGGUUUUCGUUGGUGGUUCGUACCCCGGUAUGAGGGCCGCUUUCAUGCGCAACAUGUACCCUGAUACCAUCCACGCAUCUUGGGCCUCGUCAGCUCCCGUUGAAGCUUCCGUUGACCAAAGCUUCUACUUCUCCCCUGUGUACCGGGGUAUGAACGCCAAGGGCUUCGGAAACUGCACGAAGGAUAUCCACGCUGCUAUCAACUACAUGGACAACAUCAUGGACACGGACCCGCGCGCAACCGCCAAGCUCAAGGAGCAGUUCCUUGGGCUUGGAGCUGCCAACAACUCUAACCCUACGUUUGCCGAUGCUCUUACGACUAUCUUCUACCUAUGGCAGUCUUAUGGUAUGGAAGGUGGAGCGAUGGGCCUCCGCCGCUUCUGCGACUACAUCGAGACAGACCCCAAGACCAACACGACGGCUCCUGCGGAGGGCUGGUCCAAGAGCAAGGGCGCAAAGUGGACGACGGAUCGAUGGGCGAGCUACCCAGUCUUUGCUGACAACACGAACGGGUUCAUGGAAACCGAAUGCUCGGGCAAGAUGAACGUGACUGGCAACUGUGAUUUGAACCGCAGAUUCACGGACCCUGCCUCGAUUUCUUGGACCUGGCAGUACUGCACACAGUGGGGAUACUUCCAAUCCGCCAACCUUGGCCCCCAGCAACUCGUCUCCAAGUACAACUCACUCCAACACCAACAUGACAUCUGCCACCGCCAAUUCCCCAACGCUCCCAAGUCCCUCUUCCCUGAGUGGCCAAACACUGCCCGCACCAACAAGAUCUUCGGAGGCUGGGAUAUCCGUCCCUCAAACACUUACUGGUCCAACGGUGAAUUCGACCCAUGGCGCACUCUCUCCCCUGCUUCCGCUGAGCCCUUUGCCCCCAAGGGCGUCCAAGUUAUCCAGGAUGUGCCCAAGUGUGGAAAGAAGACUAGCAGGAACGAGCUGUUUGGCUUGGUCCUCAAGGAUGCGCAGCAUUGCUAUGACUUCAGGACGACGGGUUCCACCGUCCCUGAUGGACCCGUUAGUCGGACGUUGUUCAGGAAAGCGCUAAGCGAGUGGCUGCAGUGCUACAAGCCAAAGAAAGGCCAAUCGAAGCCGUGGAACGCCUAG